AUGCCUAUCACCUCCGAAGAGUUGUUCUUAAUAAACGUCAGGACGUAUCAGGCUGCUAACUAUCUGAGCCCACUGCAUUCAAUUUGGCACAAAGUUCCCGUUGCCAGAAGAUCAGCAGUCUUUGUAUUGCUCUUUUUGGGUAAUAUGGGCGAAUUACGAGUGAUCUUGACGAAAAGGUCUUCUAAACUAAGAAGCUUUCCGGGUCAUAUUUCAUUGCCAGGUGGAAAGGCUGAUAGUGGACUUGAGACUGAAUGGCAGGUAUCCAGAAGAGAAAUGGAAGAAGAAAUCGGGUUGGAAGCUAACAAUGACAAACUCAUGAAACACUAUGGAUUCACGAUUGAUCACUUAAAUCUACUCCCAUGCUACCUAUCAAGAACAUUCCUGGCAGUCAAGCCUUGUGUGGGAUUUAUGAACUUAUCGGGUCAGCACGAGCAAGAGCAGGAACUUUUUGGGAAUUUGAAGUUGAACUUGAAUCCGGACGAAAGCUCAAGUAUAUUCUCGUGCCCAUUGAAAGACUUUUUAUAUCCCUCGACAAAAUCACCUUCUAAGGAGUGUAUUAAGAGACAGUUUUUCAAGAUUGACUGGGGCGGCAUACCAUGGAAUUUACGCUCUUAUACCUUUCCGUAUGCGAACGACAAUGAGAUAAGUUGGUUACGUGAAAUUAAUGACACGUCUAUGUCCUCAGAAGAAGACGAUGAAAUAAACCCUUCUAUGCAAGAGAAAGCUAAGGCUAUGCCCAAGAGAGAUUUAUCUACUUGGGGGCGUCUUGGUACAAGACGUGAUUCAGAUACAGAUCUAAAAAUUAAUGAUGUAUGGGGAUUGACCGCAAACAUACUCCAUGAUCUAGCACAGAUUGUAUACUGCCAGCCUACUGUCUAUAAGAAUAAAACAUUUGGAGAAGAAGAACUCAUCAACAGUAUUUUUACGUAUGGGAAUCUCAUGCAAUCGAAGGAAAGAUCUGAAGAAGAGGUAAAGCUUAUUCAUAGUAAGACAAUUAAUGAAGAAUUUGGGUUUAAUAGCAUCUUGCCGAAAGAUGAAUUCCUUAGAUUGAAAGAAAUAUAUAGGCAUUAG